AUGUACAUCAAUGGAAAAGCAGCCACAGGGUUUGUGGAUUUACAUGUUGCAUUUGACAAAGCAUUCAAAGGAACCAUUGCACACAACUCAGCCCAGGCUGCAGAAAUAGUGGCAAUCAUUGUAGCCUUGGAAAACGCUGAAUCUUCCACAGAUAUUACCAUCUGCACAGAUUCUGAUUGGACAAUGAGGGCAUUGCUGGACUGGAUGGUUAUUUGGAAAAUGAGAGAAAUGAGAACAGCAGAUAACCAGUCAGUUGCUUAUGUCCGAUAUCUGCAAUAUGCAUGGCAGUUAGCUGAGUCCAGGAGGGGUGACACUUUGUUGUUUAAGGUUAAGGCCCAUCGAAAGAAUCAUUCAGAAAUCACUCUACUGAAUAGCAAGGUGGAUCGACUGUCAAAACAAGCUGCAAGCUUGGGACCAGAGUUCAGAUGGGAUAAGGUAAAAGCAACCAUUGAUGUCUUAACAUCAGCAGACCCACUGAUCAUCAGGACAUCAUAA